AUGAGGAGCAGACAGGAGAGAGGAGAGCAGAGAGGAGAGAGGAGGCACACAGCUGGGCUGGAGGAGAGCAGAGAUGGGUCGGAGGAGCAGAGAGGAGAGAGGAGGCACACAGCCAGGCUGGAGGAGAGCAGAGAGGGGUCCGAGGAGGAGAGAGGAGAAAGGAGGUACACAGCCGGGCUGAUAAAGAGGAGCGAGGGGUCGUCCGAAGAGCAUCAGGGCGCAGAAGAGGGGAGAGCGAUAGAGGAAGUGCAGCCGCUGGGCCCGGGACCGAGCAGGCAGACAGCGGGAGACACGCAGAGGGACGGGAGCAGAGGAGCUGGCAGCCAAGGCCCUGCAUGGCAACAGGAGGGGGGAGAUGGGGUGUCUGCCCAUCCAUGUCUCUCAGCCCCUUCCUCCCUGUGUGCCGCCCCUCCUCCUCCUCUCGCCGCGCUGCUGGCAGACACCAGACUGACGCUGGACGUGUUCCCCAGAGGCGCAGUGCUGCUGUGCGGCCUGUGGGAGGCGCUGCAGGGAGCAGUGAGCAGGGUGGAGUUUCUGCGGCUGGGCUCCUCGGAGCAGGAGGGGCUGGACAGAGCUCUGACAGUCAUCGGCCAGCUCUCCCGGCUCAGGUCCCUGUCGAUUCGAGGGUCUGUCCUGUCUCUCAGGAGACUGGUGCUCCACAGUAACAAUCUGCACUCUGUCCCCUCCUGUCUGCUCCUGAGACCUGACCUUGAACUUGACCUCCGCAACAACCCUCUGGGGCUCCCCCCAACUCCAGCCAGCCCCCCAUCUUCCAGUGUUCAAUCAGAGAGCAUGAAGUUGCCUGAACUCCACCUGGGACCCAACCAGCACAGUUUCUCUGUGUGCCAGGAAGGAUGCCACGUGUUCCUGCCUGGUGGGGCGGAGCUUGUUUUCCCUCGGGAUGCAGUCUCCAUGGUAACAGUGCAGUGGGCGGAGCGGAGACCUCACAGGAAGUGGGUGUGGUUGGAGGAUCACGACAUCCUGCUCAGCCGUGCGCUGGAGCUCCGCCCCCAUGGCACUGCCUUCCAGAAGCCCGUGGAGGUGUGCCUGCCCUUCUCAUGCCCUCCUCGUGCUCCGGGGAGGGAGGUGCUGAUCCGGCGCUUUGACGGCUCCACCUGGACACAGUUGCACACCACGACCAGGAGGGGGAGCCGCGGCGCGCAGACCGACCGCCACCGAGCCAGAGUAGCGUGCUGCACAGUCUCCCAGUUCUCCUGGUUCCUUGUCCUUUCCUGCCUGCUGGAGGACAGUUGCUCUGUCCCACCACAGGGGGCUCUGCUGCUGUCCAGUGUCGACCCCAGGAUCAAGGUCACCUUCACCCCCCGAUCCACCCUGCAGACGCGCAUGGUCAAGCUGCAGGUGCGAAGGAGGGACAGAGUGACAGAGAGUGUUCUUCUCCUCAGGACCUGCAGGUGUUGCUGUCUGAGCUGAGGGAGA